ACCGAUUUGUUGUGUAUGUUCACGUGUACAGAGGGUGAUUUCCAAGUUGUUUAUAACUUAGGAGGCGUCCCCAAAAUUAUCAUAACCGACUUGGAUUCAGAACUGAACACACACAUUUUGUAUUGUGAAAACUUUGCGGAUAAUUUUAUAUUGUGCUAUAUUCCAACAGAGAUUAUAAAGAUGUUGGACAACGAGAUGAACCAGAACGAAAUGUUGGUCCCACGGGCCAUGGACUCAUUGGCAAUGCCAUUCGAAAGCGCAUCUUCUUCAUCAAUGAUGCCCGAAAUUCCCAAGGGAGGGCUUCUUGUUAGGGUGUGCUAUGCAGGUGCUUGCUACUCUGAGGGUAUGCUGAGAAGGAAGCAGAUCCGUCCCACACUACCAGGAUUAGAGAUUUCCGGUGUGGUUCAGGAUGUCUGUGCCUCUCUUCCCAAUAGCAACUUUACAACUGGAGACAAAGUAGUUAUUUACCCUGACGAAGACUUGGCCGACUCCGGCUACACAGAAUACCUUGCUGUGGAUGACGUACAGAACUGCCUGCAAAUUCCCGAAAACAUCCCAUUAGAGGUCGCCGCCAUGCUUCCAGGUGGCGCCCUGUCGGCAUACAGUGCCCUGUUAAAGGCCAAGCCACACGUGGAGAAACUUCAGGAAGUGAAAUCCUGUGUAAACGUACUGGUGGUCGGAGCUGGCGGACUAGGUCUGUGGGCCGUGAAACUGGCUCAGUUCCUUGUCGGGAGUAUGUCAAACAACAUUCGUCUGUUUGUUGCCGACAACAGUAUCGACAAGUUGUUGACUGCCCAAGACCAUGGUUGCUAUGACAUCAUUCACUGGAACGAAGAGGAUCACGAGCAGUAUAUUAUUGAGAGGACGCUGGACGCCUGCCGUGGUGGCGUAGAUGUAAUAGUGGACUUCGUCAGCUCUCCCCGUACCAUGCAGAGAUCAAUGAAGAUUCUCAACAGGGAAGGCCUCAUCCUUGUUGGUGGAAACACAAUGUCCGAAGUCAGCAUCAACCUUAACACACUGGCUGCCAAACAGCAGUCAAUAGUAGGAAUCCCCAAAGGUUCCCUCGCCCAGCUCCAGGACCUGGUGACCGCUGUAUCCGAGGGGUCUGUGACCCCGCCCUCCUACACUGUCUAUCCAUCGGAGGAUGCACCACAAGUGUUCGAUGACUUGGCCAGAUGCCGAAUCACCGGCAGGGCUAUUUUAUGUUUUGGAAACCUUACAAAUGAUCACCGUGUGACGAACAACAACUAAAUGUCGACAUAUUACCGACAAACUGCGUGUUCAAUCACUGACCUGCUCAGGGCUUUACAGUGAAAUACAGUUCCCGACCCGUCAAGCGUACUGCGGGGCGGAGGGACGCUUUGACAAGGCGGUCCAAAGCGGCCAACGGGUGGCCAUUUCAGUAGGAAGAUGCGGGUACACUCGAGGACAUCCUGAUUAGUCCCGAAUACUUUUUGACAACGGUGCUGCAUUUACUGUUUGAACAUUCGCCAAUCACCAACGCCAAGACAUGGGUCAAUUUGGUUAACGGCAAUAAUGUUGGCAACCCCGGUGUUAAAACCUCAUCACUAUUAUUGUGUUCUGUCCAGGUUUCAAAGAAUUCUUGGAAAUCUCGGCAAUGCAGAUACUCGAUCCUAUACGAUUGGACUGCUACGCGAACAAACUGACAAUAAAUACGCUCUCGUGUGUCCUGAACAUUUUCAGAAAAAAACAAAACACUGGUGUGCUGCUUUAAUGAACGAUCUCGACAACACCAGACGCGAGAGGACAAUUAGAGAUCUGAAUAUUGUGAUUCUGAUAUAUAUACUCAUCAUUUGCAUCAAAUGUAUGUACAUGUGUAUGAAAAAGGGUUGUGCUAGACUGCUCGCUCCUCAUUGAGGGUUAUUCCAUUGUCAUUGUAAAAUCGUUAAAUGUUUACAAACUAGGCAAUUGUUUUGAAUAUAUUUGCAAUUAAUUUGUGUAUGGGAAUGACAAUUCCUCGCUGUGUGGUAGAAAACGAGUUGGGAGGAAGGCAUGAGCGAAAGCAUUAGCGGUGUUAUUUAUUAUAGUGAGGCGUUUAGAUGAUGGAACGAGAACUCAAGCGUGGAUACGUAUGGGUAUGGAUGGACACCGUGUAUCUGUCGAGUGUAAUUCUCGAUAAUCUUGUGAUAUAAAAAGUGUAUCUGCAACGAGUGUUGGUAUGUUUAUAAAGUUUUAUUGUUAAAAGUGAAUGAUUGAACGGGAAGUAUGUUUUUGUACAUUUAUGAAGUUAUGAAUUUAAAAUUUAUGAUUUUUAAGAUUAAAAACGUGAAAAAACUUUUAAACAAU